CCAAAUUGGUGGCGGGAAAUCAAAAGCCCGUUUGAGAGGGAAAAACAGAAGGAGAAAAAGCUUAGUCCUUUCUCCGGCCCCGUUUGGCGAAUCCGACUCGUUUCAACCGGACAACGAAGAUGGCCGAAAUUGAAACCCUUGGUAUUCUGGACGAGAUUCAAUCCAUCGUCUCCGAUAAACUUCUAGUGGUUUCCUACAAAUGGCUGAGUCGAAAUUUUUUGGUUUCCUCUAAUGCUGCAAAGAGGCUGCUACAAGAGUUUGUUGAAAAGUAUGGAAAUGGAUUAGAAGUUAUUUACUCUUUAUCCGGCUGGCUGAAGAAUAACCCUUCAACUUACCAUAUAACGCUCGUGCCCAAGCAUAAGCUUUCAGAUGCAAAGCAAGAAUUUGAUGAGAAUUGCUCCAUUCAAGUCUACAGUGUACAAGCCUGCCUUCCUAAGGAUCCAGCAACCCUUUGGAAUCAUGAGUUUGUCCAAGCUGAAGAUCUCUUUAAGCAGCCCCUCACACUUGAUAAUUGUUUGCGCGAUAAUAGGUUUUGUGGAGUUUCAAAUUCAUUUGUUAAGCGAAGUGUUGGACCUGCUGGUGGAGCAGCUUUUUUCACUGGUACUCAGCAGGUGAAGACCCCAGGAGGCCUAGGGUUAGCUAAAAGUCAUUCUGUUCAACAAACUAAGGCAGUUCCACAGCCUCAGCAGACAAAUCUUCAGCAAUCAGGCCCUAAUGCUGGGGUACCAUCACCUGACAUUGCAAAAACUGUAAAAACUGAGAGUCAUGUGAAAGUAGAUCGUGUGCAGGGAGCCCAACUUGCUGGAGAUAAAGAAAAAGUUUCCCAGUUGCAUUCUAACAACAGAAAGGAUCAAAGUGAUAAAAACUCUUCUGGAAGUGGAGGUGCAUUGGCUAGCAUGUGGGGUCGUGCAUCUGCAAAGUCUAAACCUGAUGCUCCCUUGGGGCAAGCCAACAACUCCAGACAAAAUUCUGCUGCUAGUGCAGAAGCUCAAAUUUUUGUGUGUGAAUCAGUUGAAUAUGGCAGCAGUGAUGAAGAUGGGCAAGAUUUCAACAUAAAGAGAACUUCCAAUGGUGAAGGUGGUAGGAAGAGGAGAGUUGUAUUUGAUUACUCAGAUGAAGAAGAUGAAUACCGAGAUGCAAUAAGUUUAGCAUCGCCGGAUCCUCCUAAAAAAUCUGCUCUAUGUUCAAAAGGUAGGUCAGAUGCUUUAGGACCAGGGUGUAACUUAAGUUUUGAAGAAAAGGAAAAUAAACCGAAGGUCAAUGAAGUCAAAGAAGCUGGUGUAGAAGCUAAACAGCAUUUGGGAGAAAAAGUUUCAGCCACAAGCAAAAGCAAGAAGGCUGAAUCACCCACUUCAGAGAAAAACCUGAACCAUGUCCCUGAAACAGAUGCUAGUUUGAAAGAUAAAGUGGCUGAUGCUGGGCCUAAAAGAAGAAAAGUGUUGAAGACACGGAUUGAUGAGCGUGGAAGAGAAGUUACUGAGGUUGUCUGGGAGGGUGAGGAGCCAGAUACAAAAUCUGAUAGUAAUUCAGGAAAGGUUGCUGAGACCAAUACAGUGAAAAAUGCUAUUAACAGGCCUCCAGUGGCUAGGAAGUCACCUGCAGUGGGGAACAGCGCCCCAGCAAACCAAGCAGGGAAAGCUGGAAAUAAAAAAGCAGGAAAUAAGGAUCCUAAGCAAGGGAAUAUCCUCUCAUUUUUCAAGAAAGUUUGAGCCCAUGAUUCGCUACAUCCAGCAAAGGUACCCGAUGGAUUUUGUAAAAGCCUUUAAUCUUGUAAGUAUGAGUUCUGUUUUCUUAUAGAUUUAACCUUCUCAGCUGGUUGAAUUUGCAUCCUCGUGGAGAUUGUUAUAUGCAGUUCCAUAGAAAUUGAUUGAGUUUUAGCUAUAUCUUAUCCGUUACCAUUUACAACGCUUGUUUCUGGGCAUUCAUGUUUCUCAGUUCAAAAUUUUAGGCAGCAAAGCUCGUUCCCAAGUCA